AUGGGCACAGGUUCUGAGGGUGGGUCAUGGACAAGCCCUUCCUCUGACCUAGACCUCGCAUCUCCAUCCUCCCUGGUGCCUUCCCAUGCCAUGACAUCACCUUCUCUAGUUACCCGCACAUCACAAGCCAGGGGCCUUUCUCCACCUGUUCCCGCCACCUCACCUGGUGCCCCUGGCAUGCUGGGCACCACCGGCACAUUGAGCACAAGCUUGGGACGUGUGACAAGUUCACCUUCAGAUGUGAGCAGCACCUCAGUUGAGACCCGGGUAAUUUCAGAAGCCUCUACCGCUACAGAGGGACUCCACCUUCCUGGGAACACAGCAGUGACCAACGUGGGGACCAUCACUUCUGCACAGGAAUCCCAGUCCUCUGAGCCAGCAGGCUCGGAGACACCGAAAGGCACCACUCCAACCAUCACCUCUUCCCUCAGUUCUUAUGCCACGGUUUCCACACGAAUGGCUGGCCUCUCUGCAACCACAGAGUUGGAGACACAGUCAAUGUCAUCUCUUGCCCCAGAACUGGGGGACACCAGCGCCUCCCAGCACACCAUCAUGGCCUCAAAGAAAGUCAUUGUCCCUUCUGUAACGUCCCCUGAUACUACUGAUGAGGCCGCCAGGAGUGACGUCAUCUCCUCUAGCAGGACACCCAUCCCUGGCCCUGCUCUGUCCACGCUGUCACCAGACAUGCCAACAGCAAUCAACACCAGGCUGUCUACCUCCCCGGUCAUGACAGAGUCCACAGCUGUAACCAUGCACACCGAAACAGGUCUCCCUGGGGCUACAUUACAGAGCACAGGUACCUCGGAUGCAUCAGCCACAGCCUCCUGGGCAGAGAGUCACUCGGCUGGGACUCAGGGUUUUGCACACCCAGUUGUAACCAUAAGCAUGGGCACAGGUUCUGAGGAUGGGUCACGGACAAGCCCUUCCUCUGACCUAGACCUCACAUCUCCAUCCUCCCUGGUGCCUUCCCAUGCCAUGACAUCACCUUCUCUAGUUACCCGCACAUCACAAGCCAGAAGCCUUUCUCCACCUGUUCCCGCCACCUCACCUGGUGCCCCUGGAUUGCUGGGCACCACCAGCACAUUGAGCACAAGUUUGGGACAUGUGACAAGUUCACCUUCAGAUGUGAGCAGCACCUCAGUUGAGACCUGGGUAAUUUCAGAAGCCUCUACCGCUAUAGAGGGACUCCACCUUCCUGGGAACACAGCAGUGACCAACGUGGGGACCAUCACUUCUACAAAGGAAUCCCAGUCCUCUGAGCCAGCAGGCUCAGAGACACCGAAAGGCACCACUCCAACCGUCACCUCUUCCCUCAGUGGGGAUGCCACGGUUUCCACACGAAUGGGUGGCCUUUCGGAAACCACAGAGUUGGAGACAGAGUCAAUGUCAUCUCUUGCCCCAGAACUGGGGAACACCAGAGCCUCCUGGCACACCGUCAUCGCCUCAGAAAAAGUCACUGUCCCUUCUGUAAUGUCCACUGAUACUACCGAUGAGGCCUCCAGGACUGACGUCAUCUCCUUUAGCAGGAUAUCCAUCCCUGGCCCUGCUCCGUCCACGCUGUCACCAGACAUGCCAACAGCAAUCAACACCAGGCUGUCUACCUCCUCAGUCAUGACAGAGUCCACAGCCGAAACCAUGGCCACUGAAACAGGUCUCCCUGGGGAUACAUCACAGAGCACAGGUACCUCGGAUGCAUCAGCCACAGCCUCCUGGGCAGAGAGUCACUCGGCUGGGAUUCAGGGUUUUGCACACCCAGAUGUAACCGUAAGCAUGGGCACAGGUUCUGAGGGUGGGUCAUGGACAAGCCCCUCCUCUGACCUAGACCUCGCAUCUCCAUCCUCCCUGAGGGACUCCACCUUCCUGGGAACACAGCAGUGA